CCCUGUAGUGCCACGCAACCUCCCGAACGACCCCUGUUCUGGGGCUCAAACACCCGAGUGAGAUCUGUCACUACAGACAGCCGUCCAGCCCGGUCUGACUGUAUCGAGUAAUUGAUCUUUCCAAACCACCCAACAUACACUCUUUCAGCCACCAACAACCAUCGAAUCCCGCCAUUUUUGGUUGCGCAACCCUCCUGCCGAAGCCGUGACACCUGCAUUGCCAAUGAAUACUGCGGCACACAAAGCCUAGCAGCCCAGUCGCCCAUCCUCGCCCUUGGACCCAUUUGGGUCAGCCUUCCACCCGGAAGAGCCACCAUGGCCUUCCUCAGGCAGUUGAGGGUGCCAACAGUGGCAGCCCUCCUCGCUGCGAUCGCCUUGCCAUGGCUAGACACGGUCGGCGCCCAGAAGACCGCGGCGGACUACUUUGUCCACGAGCUGCCCGGCGCUCCCCCGUCACCCUUCAUCAAGAUGCAUGCUGGACACAUCGAAGUCACGCCGGAGCAUAACGGAAACCUUUUCUUCUGGCACUACCAGAACCAACACAUUGCUAAUAGACAACGUACCGUCAUCUGGCUGAAUGGAGGCCCGGGUUGUAGCUCCGAGGAUGGCGGCCUGAUGGAGAUCGGGCCAUACCGCCUGAAAGAUGACAAGACCUUGACACUGAACGAUGGAUCGUGGCAUGAGUUCGCGAACCUGCUCUUUGUCGACAAUCCUGUCGGCACCGGGUUCAGUUAUGUUGACACCGACUCCUACGUUACCGAGCUCGACCAAAUGGCCGACCAGUUUGUCACUUUCCUCGAGAAGUGGUUCGCCCUCUUCCCCGAGUACGAACAAGAUGAUAUCUACAUCGCGGGAGAGUCCUACGCGGGACAACACAUCCCCUAUAUCGCCAAGCACAUGCUUGAACGAAACAAAAAGCCCGGAAUUGCUCACACAUGGGCACUCAAGGGUCUCCUGAUCGGCAACGGAUGGAUCUCGCCGCCAGAACAAUACGAAGCGUACCUUGAUUUCGCAUACGAGAAGGGCAUCGUCGAGAAGGGCAGCGACACGGCAAAGAAGAUUGAGGUGCAACAUAGGAUAUGCCAGAAGGAUCUCGCCGUAGACAGCAACAAGGUCGACCAAGCCUCCUGCGAGAACAUCCUGCAGGAUAUCCUCCAGUUCACAACCACCCCCGGGUCUGACGGCAAACAGCAGUGCGUCAACAUGUACGACGUCCGUCUCAAGGACAGCUACCCGUCAUGCGGCAUGAACUGGCCCCCAGACCUGGUGCACGUAACCCCUUACCUGCGCAGGAAGGACGUCGUUGAGGCUCUUCACAUCGACGAGGCCAAGAACACGGGCUGGUCGGAGUGCAGCGGAGCAGUGGGUAGUCACUUCCAGGCAUCCAAAUCGCAGCCGUCCGUCAAAUUCCUCCCGGAUAUCCUAAAGGAGGUCCCUGUACUUUUGUUCUCCGGCGCAGAGGAUCUGAUCUGCAACCACCUUGGUACCGAGGCCUUCAUCGGAAACAUGGAGUGGAACGGCGGGAAAGGCUUCGAGCUGUCGCCCGGCACUUGGGCGCCACGCAGGGAGUGGACCUUUGAGGGAGAGGUUGCCGGCUUCUGGCAGGAGGCCCGAAACCUGACCUACGUGCUAUUCUACAACAGCUCCCACAUGGUGCCCUUUGACGUGCCGCGCGCUUCGCGGGACAUGCUGGACCGUUUCAUGGGCGUGGAUAUCAGUAGCAUUGGCGGCAAGCCCACGGAUUCCUACCUGGACGGCGAACGCCUGCCCGAGACGUCUGUUGGCGGCACGGCAGGCAACAGCACUGCUGCCCAGGAGGCCGAGAAGGAGAAGCUUGAGGCGGCCAAGUGGUCUGCUUACCAACGGUCGGGCGAGAUCCUCUUGGUUAUAGUCUCGGUGGCGGCGGCAGCCUGGGGAUACUUCGUCUGGAAGGAGCGCCGAAAGAGAAAGGGGAUGGGAUACCUCGGUCUCUCGCAGGGCAGCUCAAUCGGCCUGCAGACCAGUCAGAGGCGGGAUUUCCGCAGCCGGGGUUCGACGAAUGCCAGAGAUCUCGAGGCUGCAGACUUUGAUGAGGCGGAACUGGACGACCUGCAUGUCGAGUCGCCGACAGUAGAGGGCCAUGAGGAGGGAGUCCUCGGGGCUGAGAGGCAGUACAGUCUGGGCGGUGACAGUGAUGAGGAGAGCUCUAGUGGGGCAAGGAAGGAGGCCAGCGGGAAGAGGACGCAUUAAUGCUGGAUCCGAAAAUGAGACAAGGGUGACAACACGAUCGUUGUGUUGUCCGUGAGGAAAUCGAGUCAAAGCAGAAACAGACACACACAUAUAUACAUUGCCAGCAUGAGGGGCUAUGCCGCUGGACCCGGAGAUUUAGUGGAGUAGUUACGGCGCACAGCGAUUGAUGUCACAGGGACUGAUUAUUUGAAUUAACUGCAUUCUC